GCGGCAUUCGAUUGGUCGACCAACCUGAAGCCUUCCUCCACCAAGGCAUCUAUUUGCCUUCGUGGACUCGUUCUUUAUGCUGUUGGACGUCGCGUAUCCAAGAUAGUUGCUGGCCUUGCCAGCCUGAUACGUUUGCAGCCAUGCAAAUUCUCUGACACCCUAGUUUUCCGACUAUCUGAGCUUGGUCUCUCUCUGCCACUUCAUCUUAUCGCACCGGAGCCAUUGGGUUCUUCUACAUCAGACCCCGACCAAACACAUGUUCGAGCCGGUGCAACGGGUCUUUUGGCAUACCUAACCUCCCGAUGUAGGACUACCACUACCAUUGAUUCGGACUUAGGCGCCCGUUCAAAAGGUCAUGUGAAACCAUGCUCUAGCUACGCAUCUAGAGACGGCGCAAAGAGUCUCCCUUCCGUAACCUCCUUUACCUUAACUAUCCCUGCUAACCUAUCUGCCCACUCGAGCUCAGAUUCAGAGAUACCAAAUUCGGACAACGAUUUAGGUGAACGGAAACCUACCUUGCAGCAGAAAUUGCGAUCUUGUACCCAAAACGGUGAUCCUGUAGAGGCUUACCAAGCCCGCCUUCUUGCUGUCUGCUGGGUAGUCCAACUUCAGCGUGCCUGUCUAAGCCUUAUUGGUAGCCUCUAUGGUCAAUACGAAGCGCAUAGAAAGAUGAUCGCAGAUGAGCUAUUUACCGCUAUAAACAUUGGGGACUCUAGUCAUUUGCAAACCGAGAGCAAACCACAUUAA